AUGACGUCGCCGUAUAAAAGAGUUGGUCGUGGAGGCGCUGGAAAUUUCCAUAGUGAGGAGGUUAUUCACAAUUCCACAUCACAAGGAUGCCUUCCACAACCAGAUCUUGAAUCCCAAUCACUCACGCCCUCUUUGACAACGAGCUCAAAACCGCCGGCCGAAUACCUGCAUACCGGCCGUGGCGGAGCUGGCAACUGGGCCCAGUCCACAGCUCCACCAUUACCCACUGCAGAUUCCGAAUCAAUACUUCCCACAUCCACUUCACCCCCCUCCACUCCCCAAGCGGUUCAGGCGCCCGCGUCAGGCACAACUGCAACUUACCGAGGCGGCCGGGGCGGGGCAGGGAACUAUUCAUGGGAAGAGGGGGAUGAAGAGCGGAAGAGAAAAGAAGAGGAGGGAGAGAAAGAGAAGGAAGUUAGGAAGAGGGUUGUGGAUGAUGUCGAUAUGCGACUUGCUAAGCCUGGGCGGGCCGUUGUUGUGGAUACGGUUAAUAGGGUUAAGGCGUGA